AUGGAUACAACAAGCCCAUCUUCUUCCUCUUCUUCUAGCCGUAAGUGGAAAUACGAUGUCUUUUUAAGUUUCAGAGAUGAGGAUACUCGCAAGAGUUUUGCAGAUCGUUUAUAUGCUAGCAUGAAACAGAAGGGAGUCUUCACCUUCAGGGAUGAUAAAAAUCUCAAGAGAGGAGAAUCUAUUUCGCUUGAGUUUUUAAAAGCAAUAGAAGAAUCAAUGUUUGCUAUUGUUGUUCUCUCAAAAAAUUAUGCAUCCUCAACAUGGUGUUUGGACGAACUUGUAAAGAUCAUGGAAUGCAAAAACAAGUUGAGGCAAACAGUCUUACCCAUCUUUUACGAUGUGGAUCCAUCUGAGGUGCGAAAACAAACUGGAACAUAUGCACAAGCAUUUGACGAACAUGAAAAACGUUUCAAAGAGAAUAUAAAUAAAGUUCACGAGUGGAGAGCUAUUUUGACAAAAGUGGCCAAUCUCUCUGGAUUUACUUUACAAGAUAGGCAUGAGUCAGAAUUUAUCCAAGAUAUUGUGGAAGAGAUAUUGCACAAAUUAAGUUACGUAUUCCAGAGAGAUACCGGUGAUUUAGUAGGAAUAGAUUCUCAAGUGGAGGAAUUGAAGACGCUCUUGGCAAUAGGAUUGAACGAUGUUCGAAUCAUAGGGGUUUGGGGGAUGGGAGGAAUUGGUAAGACAACUCUUGCUAGAGUUGUCUAUCAUAAGAUUUUUAAUGAUUUUGAAGGUGGUAGUUUUAUCACUAAUAUUGGUGAAGAAUUUGAAAGACACGGUUUACAACCAUUACAACAAAAAAUUAUUUCUGAGAUUUUGAGGGAGAGAAGUAUGAAUAUACGGGAUGUUGAUGACGGAGUUCUUAUGAUUAAGAAUAGGUUAAGACAUAAAAAGAUUCUUCUUGUUCUUGAUGAUGUAAAUCAAUUCAACCAAUUAGAAAAGUUAGCUGGGAAGCUUAAUUGGUUUGGUCCAGGCCUUCCUCUAGCUAUUGAGGUUUUAGGUUCUUUUUUGAUUGGUAGAGGAAAGGAGGAAUGGAAAGGUGAAUUAGAAAGGCUUAUAGAAUUUCCAGAUAGAGAAAUUAUGAAUAUAUUUCAAAGAAGUUUUGAUGGACUUCGGGAAACAGAUAAAGAAAUAUUUCUACAUAUUGCAUGUUUUUUUAAUAUGAAGGAGAAAGAUUAUGUGGUAGAAAUACUAGAUUGUCUUGGUCUUUACCCUAAAAUUGGUUUACGGGUUCUUGUUGAAAGGUCUCUUUUAAAAGAUCUUGAAGAUCGCUUUUUGAUACAUGACCUACUACAAAAAAUGGGUCAAGACAUAGUUCGUAAAGAUUGUCCUCAAGACCCUAGUAGGUGGAGCAAAUUAUGGUUAUAUAAGGAUGUUCAUAGUGUGUUGAUGAAAAAUUUGGGAACAGAAGCAAUUCAAGGUCUAGUCCUAGAGCUUCCUAGGUUGCCUAAAGUUGAAGAACAACAUGAAUCCAAAAAGUCACAAUGGAACCUUGAAGCUUUUUCAAAGAUGCCUAACCUUAAAUUGCUUAUAAUUAAUGGUGUUCACAUUUCAUAUGGUCCCAAACAUCUUCCUUAUGGUUUAAAAUGUCUUCAUUGGAUUGAUUAUCCUUUAAAAUCUUUGCCAUCAAGUUUUGAAUCUGAUGAGCUUGUUGAACUCUGCAUGUUCCACAGCAAAAUUAAACGACUUUGGGAAGGAAUAAAGCACUAUGGCAUGUUGAAGUCUAUCAAAUUGAACGAUUCCUUGAACCUCAUUGCAACCCCUAAUGUCACUGGAGUUCCCAAUCUCAAGAAAUUGGUGUUUAAAGGUUGUAUAAAUUUACGUGAGGUUCACCCAUCUAUUUUAGUUCAUAAAAGGCUUACUCUUCUUGAUCUAGAAAAUUGCAAAAGCCUUAGACAUCUUCCAAGCAAGUUUGAAAUGGAGUCUCUUGAAAUUCUCAUUCUUUCAAGUUGUUCAAAAAUCAAGAGAAUUCCAGAAUUUAUGGGAAAUAUGGAACUCUUUUCAAAACUUCACUUAGAUGGUACUGCUAUUACAAAACUUCCCUCUUCAAUUGAACAUUUGACUAACCUUGCUUCAUUGCAAUUAAGAGAUUGCAAGAAUCUUGUUUGUCUUCCUAGUAUCAUAUGUAACUUCAAGUCACUAAAAGUUAUUAAUUUGGCUGGAUGCUCGAAGCUUGAUAGUCUACCAGAGAAACUAUGGAAUGUUGAAAGUUUGGAAGAGCUCGAUAUAAGUGGAAUUGCUUUAAGAGAGUUGCCUUCCUCUAUUGUUACAUUAAAGAAUCUUAAAGAACUAUCUUUUCGAGGAUGUAAAGAGCCACCACCUAAACUAUGGAGUCAGCUUUUCCCAUUUAAUUUAAUGCCAAGAAGAAGAAUAAAUCCUAUGAGCCUGUUAUUGCCUUCCCUUUUGGGUAUGUUUUCUUUAACGAAACUGGACAUGAGUGACUGUAAUCUCCGAACAAUCCCUAAUGAUAUUGGAAACUUAUCCUCUAUAACCCAUUUAAAUCUAAGUGAAAAUCACUUUAGUUGCCUUCCUGAAAGUAUCGUGCAACUCUCUAAGUUGUAUGAAAUUAACUUAUGCAAUUGCACAAGACUUCGUUCAUUUCCACAAUUGCCAUCAACAACUGAUUGGGUUGAAGCAGAUGGUUGUACCUCAUUGGAAACAUUUCCAUAUGGAUUAAAACCACACUAUGUCGCUCAUGCAUAUCUUUUCUUCACCAAUUGCUUCAAAUUGGCUGAUAAUAAAGGUCGAAGUGACAUGUUCUUUAACAUGCUGAGAAUGCUAUUAACAGUUCAUCAGGAAAUCUGCAAGCAAUCUAUAAUAUUUUGUGACCUUGCUGCCUUUAAUAUUGUGAUUCCUGGAAAUGAAAUUCCGAAAUGGUUUAACCAUCAGAGUGUGGGGAAUAUAGUUAAUGCACAAGUUACUCAUCCGAACAAAAAUGUGAAGAAUACAAAAGUGCCUUCUCGUUCGAGUAAUAUGUGGAUUGGAAUGGCUCUGUGUGUUGUUUUUUCAGGCCUCAAUUUUUAUCUUUCUGAUAUUAGGCGUCUUUUGAGAUGUCACAUUCUAAUCAAUGAACAUGAAGGUUCAGACUUUUAUGUAGGCUAUUGCCCAAGAUUGGUUCAGAUUAAAUCACAUCACCUUUGUAUGUCCUAUAUAUCCUCUCAAUCGUUUUCUGAGCAUGAGAGAGCAGUAUUGAGUCAAAUUGAUGAGAAUGGAUUCAUACAAAUGGAGUUUGAAUUUCAAAGGGAUUCCAACCAUGGCCCAGAGAUUAAGAAAUGUGGGUUUCAUCUAGUAUAUGAACAAGACAUUGAAGAUAUCAGAGAAAUGAUAUUGGCUCAAUCCAGCAACAGCACCUGCAUCACUCCUUAUGAGGGUUUGGAUGUUCAUCAUAAUUUUGACAAUUCAACAGAAGGAAUCAAAAUGAAACGAAACCGUGAUGAAUAUGAGGGGGCUGGACCUAGUGGAGAAGGCAGCUCUAACGAUGUCCCACACUCAAAAAGGAUUGAAAGAUAG